ACCUUAAGGUAGCCAUAUUGCAUGUGAUUUCUAUGGUCUGUGCCUUCCUGCUUUCAGCUGAUCCUGUGAUGGACUUUCCUACCACAGCUUCGCCUUCUCUGCAACAGGCUGCUGAUGUGACGGUAACUGCAGAGCUAGGUUGGAGUGUGGUGGCAGCACAGAUGAGUUCAAAUAUGGGGAAUACGGUAAGGAGGACAGCAUAUGGAAAGAGCUUUGCCUAACUUCCCUGACAGAAGCUGCAGCAGAGGACAUAUAAUCAUGAGACAAACGGCAACUGUGAUGACUGUUAAUCUGCUGGAUUCAAAAGCAAUUCAAGGGGAGCUGGGCUGGAUCUCCUACCCAUCACAUGGGUGGGAAGAGAUUAGUGGAGUUGAUGAACAUUAUACACCAAUCAGAACUUACCAGGUAUGCAAUGUUAUGGAUCACAGUCAGAACAACUGGCUGAGAACAAACUGGAUUCCACGCAACUCAGCUCAGAAAAUCUACGUGGAGCUCAAGUUUACCUUGAGGGACUGUAAUAGCAUUCCUCUGGUUCUGGGCACUUGCAAAGAGACCUUCAAUCUAUAUUAUAUGGAGUCUGAUGAUGACCAUUUGGUCAAGUUCAGAGAACAUCAGUUUACAAAGAUUGACACCAUUGCAGCUGAUGAGAGCUUCACUCAAAUGGAUCUUGGGGAUCGAAUUCUCAAGCUCAAUACAGAAGUUCGUGAGGUGGGACCUGUCAGCAGGAAAGGUUUCUACCUGGCUUUUCAAGAUGUGGGUGCAUGUGUUGCCUUAGUAUCAGUGAGAGUGUACUUCAAGAAGUGCCCUUUCACUAUAAAAAACCUGGCCAUGUUUCCAGAUACAGUACCUAUGGACUCUCAGUCCUUGGUGGAGGUGCAAGGUUCUUGUGUCAAUCACUCAAAGGAGGAAGACCCACCCAAGAUGUAUUGCAGUACAGAAGGCGAAUGGCUAGUGCCCAUAGGAAAGUGUUUGUGUAAUGCCGGCUAUGAAGAAAGAGGCUAUGAAUGCCAAGCAUGCCGACCUGGGUUCUACAAGGCCUUUGCUGGUAAUGUGAAGUGUGCCAAAUGCCCACCUCACAGCUCUACCUACGAAGAUGGUUCUGUGAACUGCAGGUGUGAGAAGAAUUACUUUCGAUCUGAGAGAGACCCUCCAUCCAUGGCUUGCACCAGACCUCCAUCUGCACCAAGAAACGUUAUCUCUAAUAUCAAUGAAACAUCGGUUAUCCUAGACUGGAGCUGGCCCCUUGAUGCAGGAGGCCGGAAAGAUGUCACCUUCAACAUCAUUUGCAAAAAAUGUGGGGGGAACAUCAAGUUGUGUGAACCGUGUAGCGCCAACGUGCACUUCUUACCCCGUCAGAUUGGACUCACCAACACCACAGUGACCGUAGUAGACCUCCUGGCACACACCAACUACACAUUUGAGAUUGAUGCAGUCAAUGGGGUGUCCGACUUGAGUACGUUCUCAAGGCAAUUUGCCGCAGUCAGCAUCACAACUAAUCAGGCUGCCCCGUCCCCCAUCACAAUAAUUAGGAAAGACCGGACAUCCCGAAAUAGUGUCUCUCUGUCUUGGCAAGAACCCGAGCAGCCUAACGGCAUCAUCUUGGACUACGAGGUCAAGUACUACGAAAAGCAGGAACAAGAGACAAGUUAUACUAUUCUGAGAGCGAGAGGCACCAACGUUACCAUCAGUGGCCUCAAACCUGAUACCACCUACGUCUUCCAAAUCCGAGCCCGGACAGCAGCUGGAUACGGAACAAACAGCCGCAAGUUUGAGUUUGAAACCAGUCCAGAUUCAUUCUCCAUCUCCAGCGAAAAUAGCCAGGUUGUAAUGAUUGCCAUUUCAGCUGCAGUAGCAAUUAUUCUCCUCACAGUCGUGGUGUACGUCCUGAUUGGGAGAUUCUGUGGCUAUAACAAAUCUAAACAUGGUGCUGAUGAGAAGAGGCUGCAUUUUGGUAACGGACAUUUAAAAUUUCCAGGUCUCAGAACUUAUGUAGAUCCGCAUACAUAUGAGGACCCCAAUCAGGCUGUCCAUGAAUUUGCCAAGGAACUAGACGCUACCAGUAUAUCGAUUGACAAAGUUGUCGGAGCAGGUGAAUUUGGAGAAGUGUGCAGUGGGCGCCUCAAGCUUCCUUCUAAAAAGGAAAUUUCAGUGGCAAUCAAAACCCUGAAAGUUGGCUACACCGAAAAGCAGAGAAGAGAUUUCUUGGGGGAGGCGAGCAUCAUGGGGCAGUUUGACCAUCCUAACAUCAUUCGUCUCGAGGGAGUUGUCACCAAAAGUAAACCGGUUAUGAUUGUUACUGAGUAUAUGGAGAAUGGCUCUCUGGACAGCUUCCUCCGAAAACAUGAUGCUCAGUUCACAGUCAUCCAGCUAGUGGGCAUGCUUCGAGGGAUAGCAUCUGGUAUGAAGUACUUGUCAGAUAUGGGUUAUGUCCAUCGUGACCUAGCUGCACGUAACAUCCUCAUCAAUAGUAAUCUGGUGUGCAAAGUCUCGGAUUUUGGCCUCUCGCGUGUAUUGGAGGAUGACCCAGAAGCUGCUUACACAACCAGGGGGGGGAAGAUUCCAAUCCGAUGGACAUCGCCAGAAGCCAUUGCAUACCGCAAGUUCACAUCAGCCAGUGAUGCAUGGAGCUAUGGGAUUGUCCUCUGGGAGGUGAUGUCCUAUGGAGAGAGACCCUACUGGGAGAUGUCCAAUCAGGACGUAAUCAAGGCUGUGGAUGAAGGGUACCGCUUGCCACCUCCUAUGGACUGCCCAGCUGCCUUGUAUCAGUUGAUGCUGGACUGUUGGCAGAAAGACAGAAACAACAGACCCAAGUUUGAGCAGAUUGUCAGCAUCCUGGACAAGCUGAUCCGUAAUCCCAGCAGUCUGAAAAUAAUCACCAAUGCGGCUGCAAGGCCAUCAAAUCUUCUCCUGGACCAAAGCAACGUUGACAUCUCAGCGUUCCGCAUGACAGGUGACUGGCUCAAUGGGAUUCGGACAGGACAGUGCAAGGACAUCUUCACAGGCGUGGAAUACAGUUCAUGUGACACAAUAGCCAAGAUUUCCAUAGAUGAUAUGAAGAAGGUUGGUGUUACAGUUGUUGGUCCUCAGAAGAAGAUUAUUAGCAGCAUUAAAGCGCUAGAAAAUCAUACAAAGAAUAGCCCUGUUCCUGUGUAAGGUACCAAAAUGAUGUUGCUCAGGUCAAAGAAAGAGAGAGAGAGAGAGAGAGAGAAGUUGCUUCAAAGGGCAAAUAGUGAUGGCUGAGAAAACUGCACGAAUUAAAGGAGCUCUCACAACACUGCUGGGAACAUUGUUGGUAACUUCAAGCCCACUAAAAAACUCAAAUAUUGAGUAUCAAUGCCUUAAAAAUAGGAACAAAAAUUUUUAAUCCUAAAGGGUGGGUGCUUUCUUUUCCCCUUCUAGUAACUAACUGAUAAUACAGAUAAUAAUUUUGAAAAGAAAAAAAUAUGUAAACAUCCUUCCAAGUAAAACAGUGAAACUGAACCCUAGAGCCAUUUGAACAUUAACUGACUGAAUAUCAUGAAAAACUACGGACAUAAAGGCUGUGUGUUUGAUCGACAGCAGCAACAAGAAGAAAAAAAAAGACUUGCAGUAUUUUUAUACACAGAAGAGAUCUGUAACAGGUAUUUUAUUUCUUUAAAGGCAAGCAAAAUUGAGGGAUCAUACCUCAAACUUAUCUGGCCAUACAAUAAUGUCACUGUAAUCCUCUGUUUCAACUGUGGAAAGGAAUUCAGAAAUAAAGUUUGUAGUGACUUUGAGUUAGUUCACAAAUGAUUUUUGCCAUUACGUUAGCUUCCCUAAAUGUUUCCAUUUAAAAAACAAAAAAAAAAGUCUUAAUUUUUUUUUCAAAAAGGCAUAUUUAUUUCCUUUUAUUCUGUAUUGUUUAUAUUUAUGCUUAAAUAUCUUAACUUAGAUUUAUUACUGCCAUGUGCCAAAUGCAGUCAGACUUCACUUAUCAGAAUUGAUGGUUUAACCUGAGAAAAUCGUACGAUGUGUUACUUACUAAAUUUUGUUGUAUAUUCAUACUGCCCUGUUUGAAAUCCAAGAAAGAAAAGCUUUUUUCCAGCUCUUGCUCUGAACAAUCCAUCUGGAGUUACAGACAUUCCAUCUAUGUCAUAUCUCUGUUCACAGUAAUAUGUUAUACUUCUAACCUAGAGUAAAUAUACUAGCAGAACUGUGUGUGUGCAACAUACGAAUUGUUCCAUGGAUCAAUAUCCAGCCUGGUUAAGCAUGAUAGUUUCCUUUACCUCCCAAAGACCUGAUUUCGCCAUCCUUGCACAUGGUGAGUAAGUAGCACCUUAUUCAGAUUGAUUUCAGUGGAGCUAUUUGCAGAGUGAGGUGCUAGAACCCAGUAUAAGGGAGGCAGAUUUGAACCCUAAUUUAGUGGGACUGCUUCUUUAGCUUACAUGGUAAAGGUUUGAGUCUGAGUAUGGAGCUGAAGGUCAGGGGUUCUAUUCCUGAUUGCCACAUGUGCAUAAUUAGCAGGAAGUCAUGACAUUUAUAUAUAUAUAUAUAUAUAUACACAUACAUACAUAGUCCCUGAUCAUUACACUAGGAUGUGACUUAGUGAAGCACAUCUUGGACUGGAAUCCUGCCCUCCUUAAACUUCCACCUCUUCUGCAGAAUGGAUUCCACUGAAUAACACUGAGUUCCUGUGAAAACAAACAAAAGAGAAGACAAAUGCAUUUUGAAGGAUCCAGGGCUGUAGUAUGUAGUACAGAUUACUAUUAAGGCUGCAAUUUAGUCACAGGUAUUUUUAGUAAAAGUCAUGGAUGGUCACGGGCAGUAAACCCCUGACUAAAUCUUGGGGUGGGGGGUUGGCCACGGGGUGCCGCGGGUGCUCACGGGGGGGGGAGGGGGGGCUGGGGGGGCGCCAGGUGGUGGCAUACAGGUGGCAGCAGGUGGUGGCACGCAGCCCGGGACCCCUGCUGGUGCUGGGAUUGGGGGGGUGGCAGGUCUCACAGGCUCCAUUUGUGGCUCCCCUGAAGCAGCGACAUGUCCAUCCCUCAGCUCCUAGCUCCUCACGCUGUCCCCAGGCACCAGCUCCACAGCUCCCCUUGGCCAGGAACCAUGACCUCUGUGACAAACUCACAGCCUUAAUUGCUAUGUAUCUAGUUGAGUCUGCUGCCAUGAAUGCAAAAUCAAUUGCAGGUUCUUCUGAAGUACACAGAAGCAUUAGGCUGAAUUCCUAGAAUUCUUUAGGCUGAAACUGCGUCUAAAUUAUUCUUCCUGGAUCCAAAACGUGAACAAUGUAAAGCGAACACAUUUAUCACUCACUGAUAAAUAGAGACAGAAUUAUAGAUUGCCUUUUUAGUAAAUCGUGGCAAGUGAGCAUGCUCAGAAGAAUCUGAUUUGAAAUAUGCUCAGUUGAUGUCUAUUAAUAUGAUUUGACAAAAAUUUGAACCAACAAUAUUGAAAAGUGCAAAAAAUUAAAAUUAGACCACAAACAAUCUUUGUGAUUUUCUAUUCAGUGUGUUCUCUUGUUAGACCAGGAUUCUGCAGCAAAAUAUGAUGGAUGACUCAAUAUUAGGGUGGCCAUCUUUUCAAACUGCAAAAAUGGGACACAUGCAGGAGUCCCGCCCUUGCUCCUCCUCUUCCUCCCUGAGGCCCCGCCCCCUGACCAGGCUGGAAGUUGGAGCUGGGCAGUGGUAAGAGCCGCCCAAAGAGCCCAGACUGCUGUGAGGAGCCCCAGGCCCCUCACCAGUCCUGGGGGAAGCGGGAUGCACAAGAGCAGCCCCCAGCCUGUGUUCACGCACCCUGGGGCUCACUGCCAAGGGCAGACGAAGAGUCUGGGACUCCAGGGCCCCACACAGUGACCUGGAUUCCCUGGGCAGCUUUUCCUACUGCCAGGCUCCAGCUUCUGGCCAGGGGGUGGAGCCGGAUCCCAGGGUGGAUCCUUGUGGUAAGGCAGAGCUAAACCCAUCUCAGGAAGAGGCUGGCACUGCCCUUGAGCCUCAGGCAGGCACAUAGUGAUGCUGCAGGGAAUCUGGGACAAAUGCUGUCCCCUAGUCAUUGGGACUGGGACUUGAAAUGUACAUUUCGGGACUGUCCUGCCCAAUUAGGGAUGGGUGGUCCAAUAUAAGAUCCAUUAUAAGAAAGCACGAAUGCCAAUUUCAGCUCGCUUAGUGUGUUCAGAAUUGUUCUUUUCUUCAACUUUGGGCUUAAGAGUCAAAAUUCAGACAUUGUUAAUCAAUUUAAAUCACCAGGCUCCAGUGAGGACACAAGUGUAGGAGGAAUCUUUUCACAAGGUUUUUCUACAGAUGUUCCUCUCAGUCUUCAUUCAGGCAUCUUUAGGGGAGGAGAUUUUUAAAUGCUUCUCAAAACAAGAAAAAUGUUUCAAAUUGAGAUCUUACACCUAACACCACCCUUAAUAUUCUCUAGUCAUCCUCCGUGGACACUGUUCUGAGCAUGCUCAGCAUAAGUGCAUCAUACUGAUUCUUGGUAAGAAGGGAAAUCAUUUUUGUUUGUUUGUUUUUUGCUUGCAGUUAUGAGUAGAGUGGUUUUAAGCAAGUUUAGCAUCCUCUACCCUUCAAAAUUGUACAUGUACUCUAAGUGGCCUCUUAUUGAAAACAUCCCACACUCCCCGCCCCCCUGUACAUAUGUAAACAUAACAGUGUACAAUUCUUAAAUGUGGAGUAGCAGUGCUAGAAUUCUUGUGGCCAUCUUCCUGUACAGGAUCUGCAUUGGUUAUUUACAUCAAACAAAACGCAAACUAUUCACAACAUUAUGUACCAUAUUAUUGGUUUUGUAUCUUUAAAUAUAGUUUACAUAUAUAAUUUAUUUCUGUUAACAUAUCUAGUUUUGUGCUGUACUUAGCAUUCAAUAAGCAAUGUAUAGAUGUGAUUUGAUUGGUAAUAUGUACUUAUUUUAACUUGUAAUUCAAAGCAUUACUUACUCAUUUAGUUUAUAUGUUGUGCAAUUAUAGAUGGCCUCUUACUAAUGUAAAAUUAUUUGUAGUGGAAACAUUUAUAUUUUUAUAAUAAACAUAAUGAAAGUAUUUUUUACA